AUGAAACGCCUAUUAGGAAGGUGCUUCUCACGCCAAUACACGUCCAAAGUAACGCUCGAGCUCACUGGCACUCUCGAGAAAGGCACUGAUGAAGACAGACUGGACACGUUGCGCAGGUUGUUGUGUCGACGAUUAAUGGGAACCCUCAGAGCGCAUGAAGCUGAUGCAACGGUGGCGGCCCAGCCCACGCUCUUGAUGCUUAUCAUACAAUAUAUUAUGCCUUCCAAAAACAAGCAGCUCAAAAAGCUACUUCACUUCUACUGGAGCAAUGCCAUCCAAAACGACUUGCAACACCCCAACGAAUAUAUCCAUGCUGAACUCCUCGAACCCCUGAUUUCUACCUGCCGCAGCUGUCUCGAGCACCGUCAUUCCUACGUCCGCAAGAACGCCGUAUUCGCCGUGUACACUAUCUACCGCGAAUAUGAACACCUCAUCCCAGAUGCUCCCGAGCUCAUGCAGACUUUCAUUGCUGCAGAGUCUGACAUGACGUGCAAGCGUAACGCAUUCGUGUUCCUUGCGCAUUGCGCAAUGCCCAAAGCUGUGGAGUGGUUAAUUAGCGUCUAUGAUCAGCUGACAAGUCUAGACGAACUCUUGCAAGUGAGCAUCAUAGAAGUCGUCAGGUUGGAUUGUAAGAACGACACGACGCAUCGACCCCGAUAUAUCAGAUGCAUGUUUGAAUUGUUGAAUUCAUCGUCACACGCAGUAAAGUACGAAGCUGCUACGACGCUCACUACACUCACGCAGAACCCCGCUGCUGUGAAAACGGCUGCCUCGUGCUUUGUCAAUCUGGUCAUUAAAGAAUCCGACAACAACGUUAAGCUAAUUGUCCUGGAUUGCCUGGAUUGCCUGGAUUGCCUGGAUCGCCUGGAUACCCUACGCUCCAAACAUGGUCAUAUACUGGAUGGACUGACGAUGGAUAUCUUGCAGGUCUUGUCGAGCGCCGACAUGGAGGUUCGAAGGAAAGCCAUGAGCAUCGUACUCAGCAUGACCUCGAAUCGGAACGUCAAGGAAGUUGUUCUCUUCCUCAAGAAGCAGCUGCAGCAGACACAGGAGCGCGAGUUCGAAAAAGCCCCGGAGUACAGGCAACUUCUAAUCCAAUCGAUCCAUGUUUUAGCAGUCAAAUUUCCUGAGGUAGCUGCAAGUGUUGUUCAUGCGCUCAUGGAAUUCCUUGGAGACUCGAAUAACCCCUCUGCGCUGGACGUCGUGGCCUUCGUCCGGUUUAAGUUCCCACAUCUCCGGCCGUCUAUAUGCGACAAGCUCACUCAAACUUUGACAGAGAUCAAAUCCGGUAAAACCUUCCGCGGCGUCCUCUGGAUUCAGGGGCGAGCCACAUUCCAGGACAUUCGCAAAGUGAUUGGCGAGAUUCCUAUUCUUGCAAGUGAGCAGCGCUUACUGGACGAGGCUGACGGAGAGGAGGAACAAGAAGGCCGAGGGAAGCGGGCGGCCAAAGCGAGAUCAGAGGCUGUCAAGGCUGCGUCAAAGCCUCCAUUGAGAGCUCUCAUAUUGGGAGGCGACUUUUUCACGGGUUCGGUACUCGCCUCGGCGCUGACGAAGCUUGUGCUGCGAUUCGAUGACCUUACAGACGACCGGCCAAAGGCCAACGCUCUCCGUGCUGAGUCCAUGUUGAUCAUGACAUCUAUUAUCCGCGUCGGCCAGUCGAAGUUUGUCACAGUACCGAUCGAUGAGGAUUCCAACGAGCGCAUUCUUAACUGCAUACAAACUUUAAGCGAGCUCCAGGAAAAGUCCAUCGUCCACGAUAUCUUCUUGAAGGACACGAAAGCUGCACACUCCAAGAUGCUCGUCGCUCAGGAGAAAAAGGCAGCGGAGAAGAAAGAGGCGGAAAACACGAAGGAGCAUGUUGUGCAACUCGAUGACUUGCUUACUUUCAGGCAGUUUUCGAGAAAAUCGGCGGAUGACCCCAUUGAUUACGUGGAGGACUUAGGCAAGGCAACGGGAGCUGCUGAAGUCUGGGAAGACUUUAUAUCCAACCUCAGUCGCAUAUCCCAGCUCACAGGUUUCUCGGACCCUAUAUGUGCGGAAGCAUUCGUCAUGAUGCACGGAUUUGAUAUUAUGCUUGAUGUCCUUCUGGUCAACCAGACGUCUAAUACGCUGCAGAAUCUCUGUCUUGACUGCGCAACGCUUGGUGACCUCAAACUGGUCGAACGACCGGCUGUAUAUACCAUAGCACCUCACGGUUUCCAGAGUAUCAAGGCUACAAUCAAGGUUUCGUCAACAGAGACUGGCGUCAUAUUUGGCAGCAUCCUAUGGGAUGGGCCUGCCCUCGCUGAAUGCUGUGUUAUUUUGAACGACAUCCACAUCGAGAUUAUGGACUAUAUCAAGCCUGCGUACUGUAGCGAGACGCAGUUCCGAAGCACGUGGACAGAGUUUGAGUGGGAGAACAUGGUUAAGGUGUCGACGAACAUGACUGACCCCCGCGACUACCUGAAACACGUCAUGAAGUCUAUGAACAUCAUCGGCGAGGAUGCUUUAGUCAAUUUGAGCAUCGAGAAGACGGAAGCUGGGAUUGUAGGCCACGUUCGUACUCGGAGCAAAACGCAGGGCAUCGCUUUAUCGCUGAGCGACCGUAUUACGAUGUGCGAGUCCCAAAAGGAUAGCAAGUCGUCGAUACGAAGCGUGUAG